AUGAGAUUCAUGUUCUCAUUUUCUGCCUGCCUGCACUGCACCCCAUCCCCACACCACAACCCACCCCAUCAGGUGCGCCACAAUCUUGCGAGCUACGAGUUUGAGUACCGGCGCUGUGGCCCCACAGUGCUGGGCAACGCGUCCCUGCACGAGUUCAUGUGGGCGCUCUCUGUGGUCCAGUCUCGCGGCUUUCAGGACCCGCGGUGGGGGAAUGUGGUGACGUUUGAACCGAUAGGCCCUGGUGGAGUGGACGGAACAGGGGAAGCAGGGGCGGGAGGGUCGGGCGGAGGGUCGGGAGGAGGUUCGGGCGGAGGUUCGGGUGGAUGGUCGGCCGGAGGUUCGGGAGGAGGGUUGGGAGGAGGGUCGGGCAGGGGUGCGGGCGGAGGUUCGGAAGGGCCGGGUGGGCCAUCAGGGGCAGUGGAGGUGCAGGUGAAGAAGGGUGCGGUGCUGCUGGUGCCUCCUGCAGAGUUCUUUGACCACAGCAACGACUUCCAUGCCGCCUAUACGUUUGGGGCAGAUGGGGAUACGUUUGAGUUUGGCGCAGAUGGGGAUACGUUUGAGUUUGGCGCAGAUGGGGAUACGUUUGAGUUUGGCGCAGAUGGGGAUACGUUUGAGUUUGGCGCAGAUGGGGAUACGUUUGAGUUUGGCGCAGAUGGGGAUACGUUUGAGUUUGGCGCAGAUGGGGAUACGUUUGAGUUUGGCGCAGAUGGGGAUACGUUUGAGUUUGGCGCAGAUGGGGAUACGUUUGAGUUUGGCGCAGAUGGGGAUACGUUUGAGUUUGGGGCAACAGUGAGUGUGAGGCAGGGCAAGGAGGUGAGCACGAGCUACGGGCUGCGGGGCAACGAGGAUCUGCUGGAGGCGUAUGGCUUCGUGCUGCCGGGGAACAUGCUCGACCACGCCCCACUGCUGCCCUCGCCCUCUCCAUCCCCCUUUGGAGCCGACGGUACAACGUUUGAGUUUGGGGCAACAACUGAGGUAAAGAGGGGCGAGGAGGUGAGCACGAGCUACGGGCUGCGGGGCAACGAGGAUCUGCUGGAGGCGUAUGGCUUCGUGCUGCCGGGGAACAUGUUUGACAGUGCCCCCCUGCUGCCCUCGCUCUCCCACGCUGUUCACCUCGUUGCCGCUCUCGUCCACCACCAUAUGGAGCAGCCGCAAGUGGUUGGCAGAGAGGAAGCGCUGUACCAUGGAGGCUCACAGCAGCGAGGGAUCAAGCUGGCAGUGCAGCAGGAGGGACAGAGGGGCCCUUCCUCUCGCGCGCAACCUGCACCCUCGUCCGUUCAUUGGCGGGAAGAGAUUAAGCAGAAGCUGCUGCGCGUGUGGGGGAGUGCUGGUGCUGGUGCUGGUGCUGGUGCGUGGCUUAUUGACGGUGGAGAGAGAAGCGGGGAGGAAGAACCUGAGCGCACGACUAUUCCGCUGCAUCGGCUGAAGCGGCAGCUGUGGCGGGUGGCAGCGAGGGCAGUGGAGGCCGUGGUGAGGGAGCGGGAGGAGGGAGGGAAGUUCUACAGCGCCGCGGAGAGCGGUGGCCCGCCGUUUGAGUUGAUGCAGCGGGUCAGGAGAGUGAGCGAGGUGGAGGAGAUAAUGGGGGGCGUGGAGGAGAGGACAGAGGCGGACAAGGAGGGCAGGGUGGGCGUGGCGGUGUGGGCGAGAGGGCUCGUGGAGCCCAAUCUCAUCGCUGCCCUUGCUGCUGUGUAUUACUACUUGCACUAUCGACGAGGUGCGAUCUCUGGCCGGACAGGUGAGGCGGGCAGGGAGGUGGGUAUGGGCGUGGCGGUGUGGGUGAGAGGGCUCGUGGAGCCCAAUCUGAUUGCUGCUCUUGCUGCUGUGUUCUACCAUCUGCAGUAUCAACGAGGUGCGUUCUCUGGCCCUUGCUGCGAUGUUCUACUACCUGCAGCAUGGAAAAGGUGGGGCUUUGGCUGUGGUACCACUGCUGUUUGCAGCACCAGACAGGUGAGGCGGACAAGGAGGCGAGGGUGGGCGAGAGGGCUCGUGGAGCCCAAUCUAAUCGCCGCUCUUGCUGCUGUGUUCUACUACUUGCAGCAUGGAAAAGGUGGGGCUUUGGCUGUGGUACCACUGCUGUUUGCAGCACCAGACAGACCCCCCUGCAGUGCUGACCAGCUCAGCAGUCUAUCUGGGGUGGGCCACCCCCCUGCAGUGCUAACCAGCUCAGCAGUCUACCUGGGAUGGGCCGUCAGCAACAGCACGUGCCGGUUCCUCUCCUCGCCCGCCCCUGACAUGCUGCCCGCCCUCCAAGCAGCGGCCGACACCGUUCGUCUGCUAGCGCAGGCGCGGCUGCAGCAGAUGCCGACCAGCAUAGAAGAGGACGAAGCGAUCCUGAGGGAGUUGGAGCGGUGCAAGAGCGGCGGGAAGAUGGGGGAAGGGGAGGGGGUGAAGGGUGGGAAACUGGGGAAGGAAGGAAAGAAGAAGCUAGCACAGAGGGAAGCCGAAGCGAUCCUGACGGAGCUGGAGCGGUGCGGGAAGAGGGAGGGGAAAGAGGAGGACGGGAGACGGGUGGGAAGGAGGGGAGAGGCAGAGGCAGAGGGAGCAAAGGAAGGCGAGGAGGUAGAAGAGAGGGGCGAUGAGGAGGAGAGGAGGAAAAGGGAGGACGAGGAGGUUGAGAGGGGUUGUGAGGAGUGGCGGACAGGAGGUGGUGGAGAUGGGGAGAGAGGGAGAAGCGGGGCAGGAGGGACACUCACAGGAGGGAGGCUGACAGGAGGGGGGUCGAGAAGAGGGAAGUUGAGAGGAGGGAGGUUGAGAGGAGGGAGGAUGGGAGGGGAGAUGAUGACAGCGAUGGGAGUGCGGUGCAGGUGUGCAGUGCUUCUGCCAGUGCUGGAUGAGAAGCUAACAGCGAUGCAGUUCCGGUUGAGCAGGAAGCGAGUGCUGCAGGGCGUGAUGACCCGCCUGGAGGCUGCCUGCCCUCCCACUGACAGCCCGGUUUCAACUUAG